AUGGGAAAGGGAGAUGUGGCCACUAGGUCCAAAUCCCAGAAAUCGUCGACAGCACAGGUCUGUGUGAACAAACUGAACUGCAUGAAUAAUUAUUAUCACUAUCUUACCUUGUUUUACUUGUUUCAGAAUGAACAGAGUACACCUACUAAUCCUCGUACAGCAUAUCCUGACUGGUCCCAGUUUCAGGCAUACUAUAAUGUCCCUGGUACGGCUCAAAUGACCCCACCGGCUUAUUUUCAUUCAACGGUGACUCCAGGUCCUCAGGGGCAUCCAUAUAUGUGGGGUCCACAGAUGAUGCCUCCUUACGGGACACCGCCACCAUACACAACAAUGUAUGCUCAAGGCACACCAUAUCAGCAGGCUCCUAUGCCACCGGGCUCACACCCAUACAGCCCAUAUCCUGUUCAAGCACCAAAUGGGACAGUUCAAACUCCUACAUCUGGCGCUGGAGGGUCGGAGACAGAUAAGUCAAACAAAAAUAAGCGGAAGACUCCCCUGAAGAGAUCCAAAGGAAGCUUAGGUAGUCUGGACGUAGUUACAGUAAAAGAUAAAACGCCACCUGCAAAACCUUUAGUGUCAUCCUCCAAUGAAGGUUCUUCACAAAGCGAGAGUGGAAGCGGAAGUUAUUCUGGAGGGAGCAGUACAAAUUCUAAAAGUGGUUCACACACAAAGGAUGGUUCUGAGCACGGCCCGGGUAAUGAUGCUAGCAAUAAAGGAGUCACUGCUCAGGGCACAGCAGUUGAGCCCACACAAGUAUCUUCUGGGCCAGUUGUGCUUAACCCUAUGAUGCCAUAUUGGCCUGUUCCCCCUCCCAUGCCUGGCCAAGCAACUGGUGUAAGCAUGGGAGUGGAUUACUGGGGUGCUCCUACUUCUGUACCUAUGCAUGGCAAAGCUGUCGCUGCACCGACAUCUGCUCCUUCAUCAAAUUCUCGUGAUAUCGUUCUUAGUGAUCCGGUCAUACAGGAUGAACGAGAAGUGAAGAAACAAAAACGGAAGCAAUCAAACAGGGAAUCAGCUCGUCGCUCUAGAUUGCGCAAGCAGGCUGAAUGGGAGGAAGUAGCCAGUCGAGCUGAUUUGCUGAAGCAGGAGAACAGUUCACUUAAGGAAGAAUUGAAACAACUUCAGGAGAAGUGUGAUAACUUGACCUCAGAAAAUACAUCUUUACAUGAAAAGCUUAAAGCGCUUGAUAGUGAGAAACCAAAUGGAAACUUGUGA